AAUAAAACAGCAACACCAGACAUAGAGGAGAAAAAAAGCAAAGUGAUCCAUUGAACAAGGGGGUUUUGCCCUCUCUUAAUUACGUCGAGUCUCAUAUCUUUUCCUUUUUUUCACCUUUUCCCUACUCUUAUGGGGGCUUGUGGUAAUUAGUUUGAAGAGAAUAAAACCAGCUGAUCGGGAGAGGGGUGGUGCAUUUUCAAGCGAGAUGGCUAACAGAAACAUUCUGUUGCUCUUCUGUGGACUCUUCCUCUUAGCACUGAUUCAUCCCUCUCUUCAAAGAGGUGUGUAUGUACCACCUGGUACUGGGAUUGGACCAGGAGGCGCCGGACCAGGAACUGGAUUCUUUCCAGGGUCUGCUGGAGGAGUCCCUGCGGGCUAUAAACCAGCAAAAGCUCCAGUCGGAGGUUAUGGAGGUGGGGGCCGUGGAGUAGGACCAGGGGGUCUGGUGCCAGGAGGCGUUGGGCAUGGUGGCCUGGGCGUUGGAGGACUGGGAGCAGGACAAGGUGGAAAGCCCCCUAAACCAGGUUACGGCAAUCUAGGAGGCGGUGGAGGUUAUGGAGGAGGUGGUUAUGGUGGUUAUGGUGGUUACGGUGGAUAUGGUGGAGGAAAUGGAGGCUUUUUCCCAGGAGCUGGACAGAAGGCUGCUAAAAGAGGUGCAGGAGGAUCUCUGCUACCACAUGCAGGCGCAGGAACUGGAUCCGCAGUACCUGUUGGAGGACCUGUUAUUCCUCAGAUGGGCCUUCCAGGAGGGGGUCUUGGUGGUGGUCUUGGAAAUAAAGCUUCCAAAGUGCCAGGUAUCGGAGUGCCGGGACUUUACCAAGGUGGACUGGUACCUGGACAAGGGUUUGGCGGACGUGGAGUUCUGCCUGGUGUGGCGACAGGAACUGGCCUGAAUCCAAAGUCUAUUGGAGGGGCAGGACAAGCAGGUCAAGGACCAGGAGGUCGUGGGUACGGUGGCCCGAUGCAGCCGGGACUGUUCCACGGAUACCCCCUAAAAUCCCCCAAAGUGCAAGGUGGCUACGGAACAAAAGCCGGUGGCAAACAACCUUUAGGUAAUGUUUCAGGUUAUGGCUUUGGUAAUGGCGGCGCUGGACUUCCUGGAGGACAGGGUGGUCCUGUGUUGAGGCCUGGAUAUCCUGUUGGAACUGGAGUUGGGCCCGGUGGCAUCUCCCUUGCUCAGGCUAAAGCUGCCAAAUAUGGUGUUGGCAAUCUUGGCAAUGUUGGUGGUGCUGGUGGUCUGUAUCCAGGGCAGGUGCCAGGAGGUGUUGGCGGUGCUGGUGUUCAGUAUCCAGGGCAGGUGCCAGGAGGUGUUGGCGGUGCUGGUGGUCUGUAUCCAUGGCAGGUGCCAGGAGUGGGGACCGGUGGCAUCUCACCUGCUCAGGCUAAAGCUGCCAAAUAUGGUGUUGGCAAUGUUGGCGGUGCUGGUGGUCUGUAUCCAGGGCAGGUGCCAGGAGGUGUUGGCAAUGUUGGCGGUGUUGGCGGUGCUGGUGUUCAGUAUCCAUGGCAGGUGCCAGGAGGAGUUGGGACCGGUGGCAUCUCCCCUGCUCAGGCUAAAGCUGCCAAAUAUGGUGUUGGCAAUGUUGGCGGUGUUGGCAGUGUUGGCGGUGUUGGUGGUGCUGGUGUUCAGUAUCCAUGGCAGGUGCCAGGAGGAGUUGGGACCGGUGGCAUCUCACCUGCUCAGGCUAAAGCUGCCAAAUAUGGUGUUGGCAAUGUUGGCGGUGCUGGGGGUGCUGGUAUUCCAUAUACAGGGCAGGUGCCAGGAGGAGUUGGGACCGGUGGCAUCUCACCUGCUCAGGCUAAAGCUGCCAAAUAUGGUGUGGGUGCAGUUGGUGGUGUUGGUGGUGUUGCUGGCACUGGUGGACUGUAUCCAGGGCAACGGCCAGGAGGCACUGGUGGACUGUAUCCAGGGCAACUGCCAGGAGGCACUGGUGGACUGUAUCCAGGGCCAGGAGGCACUGGUGGACUGUAUCCAGGGCAACUGCCAGGAGGCACUGGUGGACUGUAUCCAGGGCAACUGCCAGGAGGCACUGGUGGACUGUAUCCAGGGCAGCUGCCAGGAGGUUCUGGAGGCAUCUCACCGGCUCAGGCUAAAGCUGCUAAAUAUGGUUUGGGUGUGGCAGGGGGUGUUGGUGGUGGAGGAGGUGGUGGGGCUGGAGGACAGUAUCCAGGGCAACUGCCAGGAGGCACUGGUGGACAGUAUCCAGGGCAGGUGCCAGGAGGAUCAAGAUUACCAGGAGGUGCACCAGUGUUUGGGGGAUAUUCACCAGCAGCCAAAGCAGCUAAAUAUGGACAAGGAGGAGCAGGAGGACAAUUAGGAACAGGAACACUGGGAGGACAAGGCGGACAAUUAGGGACCGGAGGACAGGGAGGACAAGGAGGACUGGGAGGACAAGGCGGACAAUUUGGGACCGGAGGACAAGGGGGAUAUUCUGCUGCUGCUAAAGCUGCUAAAUAUGGCGUAGGCAGACUAGGAACAGGAGGCUUCGGAGGAGCAGGAGGAGUAGGAACAGGAGGAAUAGGAACAGGAGGCUUCGGAGGAGCAGGAGGAGUAGGAACAGGUGUAUUAGGUGCAGGAGGAGCAGGAGGAUACUCAGCUGCUGCUAAAGCUGCUAAAUAUGGUCAAGGCGGUGCAGGGGGUGUUCCAGGUGGUGGUGCAGGUGGAGGAGGAGUUCCUGGACGAGUCCCAUUUUUACCAGGAUAUGGAUCGCUGGCGGCUGGUGCUAAACCUCCUAAAUAUGGCCAAGGAGCAGGCCAAGGAGCAGGCCACGGAGCAGGCCAAGGAGGCGUAGUUCCAGGUGGAGCAGGACAGCCACUUCCUGGUGUUGGUGCCGGCUAUGGUUGGUAUGGACCUGGGGCUGGAGUCAAACCCCCAAAUCAUGGAGUUGCGGGAGGCGCUGGAGCAGGGUUUUUUCCAGGGUGGGGAGGAGCAGGAGCAGUUCCUGGUGCUGUCCCAGGACUGGGAGCUGGACAAUACUUAGCUGCCGCAAAAGCUGCUAAAUACGGAGUUCAAGGAGGAGCUGGAGUGGGGCUCGUACCAGGAGCAGGAGGAGUACCAGCAGGUACCGGCUACUUUCAAGGUGGACAAUACUCUGCUGCCGCAAAAGCUGCUAAAUACGGUGUUGGAGGAACAGCUAGAGCAGGGUUAGGAACAGGAGGACAGGGAGGGGCCGGAGGAGGAGGCGUCACUGGGGUUGGCGUUGGGCGGGGACAAGCUACUCGAGCUCCAGAGGUCGGCGUUGGCACAAAUGGUUCUGCUGUUGGGGUGCCAGCAACGGAUGCAAGUGCUGCUGGAACUGUUCAACCAGAGCCCACGCCUACUGUCGCAGAGGUCCUGCAGCCCAGCGUUUCUGGUGGCAUUCUUCAGCCCAGUGCUGGCACAAGUGUUGGUGGAGCAGGUGUUGCAGCACCCUCUGGUGUUGGUCCAACUGGCCAAGGCCAGCCUGGUGUCGGUGUUGGCACAAGUGGCAAAGCACCUAAACCGUACCUACCGGUUGCAGGUGUUGGUCAAGCCGGAGGUGGAUAUCCUUAUUUGGGAAACUAUGGAUUUCCUUAUGGUGCUGGUACCGGAGCAGCCACUCUGCCUGGAGCAAGGCCUUUGAAUCCUCCAGCUGUUGGCGGAGCAGGAGGAGCAGGGAUCCCACUGGCAGCAGGAGGCUAUCAAGGGGGAUACAGGCCAUAUCAACAUGGUUAUGGCCAGGGUGGGCUGCAGUAUCCCGCUGCAGGUGGACUGGGAGGUGCUGGAGGUGGAGCUAAACCACCCAAACAAGGCUACGGUCAACUUGGAGGUGGCGGUUUUUAUCAGCCAGGUGCAGUUCCUGUGGCUCCUGUGGUCCCUGGUUAUGGAGGAGGUUACCCCCAACAGUACUACCAAAAUGGAUAUGUGCCAGCCCCACUGACUCCUCAACAAGCCAAAGCAGCGAAGUACGGCCCAUUGCAGGGCUUCCUUGGUGCAGGAAGAGGGGGAGUUGGAGGAGGAGGAGGAGUCUACAGAGGUGGCGUUGCGGGAUGCCAGGGCAAAUUCUGUGGGAGGAGGAAGUAGAGCUCACCAGUGUGACCUCAACAAACCACGGUGCUACUGCAUGAUCUAGAAUGUACAUUUUAUAUGCAAAGAAACCCCAUUAAGAAAACAUGUAUAGAUGUUUUUUUGUUUUGUUUGUUUUUUGAUACAAAAAAACCCACCGACCCAGAAUUUUGUUCACGCUCUGAUGUGACGCUUGUUAUUGAUAGUGCCUUUAAUCAAUAAUGUGUCCAAGGUAACCAGCUUUAAUCCCCCGUAUUGAACCAGCCUACUUAAAAUACAAAGAUUGUGUUUGUGUCACCACGUGUUGUUAUUGUGUUUGAAUGUGUGUGUGUGGUUUGUAUUGUUGUGUGAAAGCCUGGCUGAACCAUCGGCUGCAAUUUUGAACUAUGAAUGAUUUCGGUUUUAAUCCUGAAGCAAGGUGAACUGUCCUCAGUGUUGCAGUCACACUGUCUCACCUCGCUGCGUUGUCUCUCUGACAUGUCAGAUGGGUCGGGUUGGUCUUAGCUCGUCCAAAAAAUUGAUGAAAUCUGGCCAAUCUCAGCGUCCUCUCUGGUUCCUCGUCCUCUCGGCUGCUAUUUUUAGGCCUGCGGGGUGUCGAGCAGCGGGCAUUGGGGCUCCGGCCAGCCCAUCUGCUCUGUAACUUUGCUGAUUCUAGUUGCUACGCAGUUCAGUUUUCUCAGCAUUUCUAAUGUUGCCAAACUUGUGAUGAAUGAAGAGCAGUUGGUGCUCUGAGGAGCGACAUGCCGCUGAAAAUCAAAAGGUCCAUUACAGGAUGUUUAAAAACCUUAGGAAAAAGCGGCGAGGCCUUUUAGUUCCAGGAAUAUUAAAAUGUAACGCAGAGACUGUUCUGACAUGUACAUUAUGUAUGUAUCAAUGUUUCACGCUCUAGUCUGCUUUACAUGUUUAGUCUCAUUGCAGCAGUUAUUUACAUUUAUAUAAGUUCAAGAUGUGUUUGCUUUGACUCAUAGCUUUAUUUUGUGUUUAGGCCUACAUAAAACACAUUUAUUCACUGUUUUGAAUUGUAAUACAGAAUACGACUUUGUUUAACAGGAGAGCCGAAGUGUUUUUGUGAGGCUUAAGCUCUCAUUGUUCUUCAUUUACUUGAGCUGCUUUAAAAAAGGCUUACUGUCCAAAGGUUAAUGAACGCCGUUGCCCAGUGACUCCAUCUCUUCCUGUAAUCGUGUACUGUAUUUUCUACUAAUCUGAUAUUUGCUGGCUUGGGUUCCUUCACUCGGUGCUGUGUAAGAACUGUCUUUGAGCCUCGCUGGGGCAGACUUCGUCUUAUGUGCCUGGGGAUACUCUUCAUCUUUAUUUAAAACUGUUUUCAUAAGGAGGAACAGUGUGGUUUUGCACUUUUUGUAUUCCCACGACACACUUGUGAGUUAUUCCCAGAAUCCAGCAUUUAAUUUGCUUCCUUAAGUAACAUAAUAAAAUGUGUUAAAAUAC